AAGCCCGGGGAGGGGCGAGCUGGCAGCCAGACACCAUCACAGGAGUGCACAGGAGCAGAUCAGGGAGAGGGAUUUAUCAUCGACAUCACAUCGUCCGAUCUUCCCUCUAAUACCCACACACACUACAAUCAUGCGGGAGAUCGUGCACCUCCAGGCUGGCCAGUGCGGCAACCAGAUCGGAGCUAAGUUCUGGGAAGUUAUCAGUGAUGAACAUGGUAUUGAUCCCACCGGCAGUUACCAUGGCGACAGUGACCUGCAACUGGAAAGAAUCAAUGUAUAUUACAAUGAAGCCUCUGGAAAUAAAUACGUACCACGCGCUAUACUUGUGGAUUUGGAACCAGGAACAAUGGACUCUGUAAGAUCAGGGCCGUUUGGACAGAUAUUUAGACCGGACAACUUUGUAUUUGGACAGAGUGGUGCUGGAAAUAACUGGGCCAAGGGUCAUUACACAGAAGGUGCUGAGUUGGUGGAUUCAGUUCUAGAUGUGGUGAGGAAAGAGGCUGAAAGCUGCGACUGCCUACAGGGUUUUCAGUUGACCCACUCCCUGGGUGGUGGCACUGGCUCUGGCAUGGGUACACUACUUAUCAGCAAAAUUAGGGAAGAGUACCCAGACAGGAUCAUGAAUACAUUUAGCGUGAUGCCUUCACCCAAAGUCUCAGACACUGUAGUUGAACCAUAUAAUGCCACCCUCUCUGUACACCAGUUGGUGGAAAACACAGAUGAAACCUAUUGCAUAGACAAUGAAGCCCUCUAUGAUAUCUGCUUCCGCACUUUAAAACUAACAACACCCACUUACGGUGACCUUAAUCAUCUGGUAUCUGCUACAAUGAGCGGGGUAACAACCUGCCUUCGUUUCCCAGGCCAGCUGAAUGCAGAUUUACGAAAACUGGCUGUUAACAUGGUGCCUUUCCCACGACUGCACUUUUUUAUGCCCGGAUUUGCUCCAUUAACUAGCCGCGGCAGUCAGCAAUACCGUGCCCUGACAGUGCCGGAACUAACCCAGCAAAUGUUCGACUCCAAGAACAUGAUGGCAGCCUGCGACCCACGACAUGGACGCUACCUCACCGUGGCCGCUAUUUUCCGUGGAAGAAUGUCCAUGAAAGAAGUCGACGAGCAGAUGCUUAAUGUCCAAAAUAAAAACAGUAGCUACUUUGUUGAAUGGAUUCCCAACAAUGUGAAGACUGCAGUUUGCGACAUUCCACCGCGAGGCCUCAAAAUGUCUGCCACAUUUAUCGGCAACAGCACUGCCAUUCAAGAGCUGUUCAAGAGAAUCUCUGAGCAGUUCACAGCUAUGUUCCGUCGCAAAGCCUUCUUGCAUUGGUACACUGGGGAAGGAAUGGAUGAGAUGGAAUUCACUGAAGCUGAAAGCAACAUGAAUGACUUGGUGUCAGAGUACCAACAGUACCAAGAUGCCACAGCUGAUGAACAAGGAGAAUUCGAAGAGGAAGAAGGAGAAGAUGACGCCUGAUGAAAACAAGUUCUUUUUAGAAAAUACAGGCAUAUUUUAUGAGAAAGCCAAUCUGUCUACCCCAUUGUUGUCCAAGCAUGCCUAUUUCCUAUGAUGAAAUAUGUUGGAUCAGUUUUUUUUUUUUACCUUAACAAUGUCAAAAAAUAACAGUUGUUCUUCUAGACUCUUCUAAUUCAUAAGAAAGUUGAAACUGUGUUGAGAAGGAUGUAGAAGUGAUUUUGAGCGCUCUUAGAUGUUGUUGUGCACUGGAUGGGAACAUAAAAAGAAUUUGUCUGCUGUG